ACAAUUAUAAAAUGGUGAUAUUGACUGUACUUUAUCCAUCACGUUCAGGUGCAUUGCGCUUGGAGAGAGUGUACGGAUCCUAUGGUUUAAUUUAAUGUGCGCUCUCCUUCCCCCACCCGCACCCUCUGCCGCUUGGGGGCGGGGGCAAGAGUCCAUGUUGACCGAGCUGGGAAGGCGGCAGCCGGCGGAGUCUCGCAGCGCAUAUUCGCGUUCAUUUAUUGCACGGAAACGCAAUGGAAACGGUGGAAGCAGAACAGCGACCCGCUGAAGAGAAGCGAAACCUUAGCCUUGAUGGUCAUGUCGGUUUUGACAGUCUUCCUGAUCAGUUAGUCAGCAAAUCUGUAUCGCAAGGCUUCUGUUUUAACAUCCUUUGUGUGGGGGAAACAGGUAUAGGCAAAUCAACAUUAAUGAACACUUUGUUCAACACAAUGUUUGAAAGUGACGAGGCCACUCACUAUGAACCAGGAGUUCGUUUAAAACCACAAAGCUACAAUUUAAAGGAGACCAAUGUGGAUCUGAAAUUGACUGUCGUUAGUACAGUGGGAUUUGGUGACCAAGUUAAUAAAGAGGAAAGCUAUAAUCCAAUUGUUGACUACAUUGAUGCACAGUUUGAGAAUUACCUGCAGGAAGAGCUGAAGAUCAGGCGUUCACUGCACGAUUUUCAUGAUUCAAGAAUUCAUGUCUGCCUUUACUUCAUCGCUCCUACUGGUCAUUGCCUUAAAUCAUUGGAUUUAGUCACAAUGAAAAAACUGGAUAGCAAGGUGAACAUUAUUCCUAUUGUAGCCAAGGCAGAUACAAUUUCAAAAAGUGAGUUACAUAAAUUUAAGAUAAAAAUAAUGAGUGAACUGGUCAGCAAUGGUGUGCAAAUCUACCAGUUCCCAACAGAUGAUGAUGCAGUAGCAGAGAUCAACUCAACAAUGAACGCUCACCUCCCUUUUGCAGUUGUUGGCAGUAUGGAAGAGGUGAAAGUGGGAAAUAAAAUGGUGAAAGCUCGGCAGUACCCAUGGGGUGUUGUUCAGGUUGAAAAUGAAAAUCAUUGUGACUUUGUGAAGCUGCGUGAAAUGCUGAUUCGUGUUAAUAUGGAGGACCUGAGGGAGCAGACACAUACAAGGCACUACGAGUUAUAUCGGCGUUGCAAACUGGAGGAGAUGGGAUUCAAAGACACAGAUCCUGACAGCAAACCAUUCAGCCUACAGGAAACGUAUGAAGCCAAGAGGAAUGAAUUUAUGAGUGAACUGCAGAAAAAGGAAGAGGAAAUGAGGCAAAUGUUUGUCAUGAGAGUUAAAGAAACUGAGACAGAUCUGAAAGAGAAAGAAAAGGAGCUUCACGAUCAGUUUGAUCAAUUGAAGAAAACACACCAGGAAGAGAAGAGGAAACUGGAGGAGAAGCGGCGAGAUUUGGAAGAAGAGAUGAACGCAUUUAACCGGCGGAGAAUGGCAGCCCAGGCGCUGCAGGGGCAAGGUUUCCAGGCCACAGGACAACAACCAGUCAAGAAAGACAAAGAUAGAAAAAAUUAAAGCCUCAUGCACAUUUAAACCUAUUCAUAUGGGAUUAUUUCUUGUGAUGUUAAUAACAUAAUUAUCACAUAAAGAGUCUCUUGCCUCCUCACCUUCCUGCCUCUACUUUGCUGCAACAUGGACCACAAAUGUUUCAAGUCAAAACCUGGACAGACGAAGUCAUCAUCAGGACCUAUGAAAUGCUCCAUUCGGAAGGCCAUCAUGUGAAUUAUGCUUGCCCGUAUCAUUUAGUUUGACAUUAUCUUUAUGUUGAGAACUUCACUGAAUUUCUCAUUUUUCUUCAAAUGGCCCUUUUAAAAUGGACUUUAUAUAUAUUUAUACUAUUUUUGUAAACAUUUCUACAAUAGUUUAAAAAUAAUUAUACAAAAUGAUACUUAACAAUUUAUGAAAUAUAUAUAUGCAAGAACCAUGAUUUUUUUUAACAGCUUAUGGUGUUAAUGCUACAUUGAAGAAUAUACACAAGAUGGAAAUCAAGUUAAACUUUAUUCUUAAUCUAUUUAUAAAUUUAUAUUUUAUAAAUGAAGGAUGUUUUAAAAUCUUAAAGUUGGCGCUUGGGGAAUGCUGAAAUGUGCAAUUCUGUGCCAAUGUUACCUAAAUUCUGUGUUGAGCAAUAACAUCAUGGCUUUGCCUUCUGAGGUGGGGUAUUGAGGUAGAACAGUUAAUUUUUAUCUCUCUUUUGCAAAAGACUAAGCAGGCAUUGUUGGGUAUUAUUCAAGUUGAAGUAUAUAAAUGGACCAUCAGCUGAGCUGAUCUGUUAUGAUGCUGAGGUUUGCCCAUAUUUGGGUGAAGCAAAUCAAAAGCAAUAUGUUUGUUGUUUCCACAGGAAGUGUCAAGUUGAGAUGUCAUAGAUGCAUUUUUUAAUGUUUAGUGCUUUUUUAUGCAUCAACCUAUGGAAGAGGUGCUGGCCUCAUCAUUUUGACAUAACAUUCACUUGAGCAAGUCCUUGUGUUUUGCACCUGCUUUGCAGAAGGAUUAAGUGGUCAGAUCAGUGUAGUGAAGAAUAGUUGUGCAUUUGAAAUCUGGGAAACAAAAAUUGAAAGAAAUUUGCUGCUAAGUAGUUUGGUUAAAGGCUUUGUGUUGGAUGCAUCAUGUAUUUCAGUUUAACGGUACAUUAGCUCACUGGGUGAUGGAGUUGUUGAACAUAAUUCUUAUACCAUUGUCAUUCAAUCUCUUUGUGAUUGAUGGUUUUUGGUAACACUGUUGCCUAAUUCAGAAGAUUUUAAGUUUCAGGUCAUAUUCCUGAGAAAUGUACCCAAAAUUCUUAGCUGAUGUUUUGCACUGAAAGUGCUUCACUGAAUUGCUGUCAUUUGGAUAAGAAGUCAGAAUCAGAAUCAGGUUUAUUAUCACUGGCAUGUGAUGUGAAAUUUGUUAACUAGGUGACACAAUUUUGAAGAAGAACAAGGAAGUUACCGUGUUCUUCAAAUUUGUGUUAGACUUCUCAUCUCCAGGCCAAAAUUUAUCCCUCAAUAUAAAUUCUGAAAAGCAGAUUCUCUGGUUCUUGCAGCAUCAUAUUUUUUCCAUGAGAACCUCUGUGUCCAAGUUUUCUACUGUGUUUACUGCAUUGCGGUAAAGAAUUAAAUUUCGGGUAUCUUUGCCUGUUUUGAGAUAUCCAGAGCCAAGAACGGUACUAUGCAAGAGAACGUACACUCAAUGGCCACUUUAUUAGGUAAAGGAGUGGAACCCGGUGUGGUCUUGUUCUGCUGUAGCCCUUCCACUUCAGGAUUUGAUGUGUUGUGCAUUCAGAGAUGACCUUCUGCACACCACAGUUGUAAUGCAUGUUUAUUUGAGUUACUGUUGGCUUGAACCAGUUUGGCCAUUCUCUGUAAACUCUAGAGGCUGUUGUGCGUGAAAAUCCCAGGAGAUCAGCAGUUUCUGAGUUACUCAAACCUCCCCGUUUGGCACCAACAAUUGUACCACGGUCAAAGUCACUUAGAUCACAUUUCUUUCCCAUUCUGAUGUUUUGUUUGAACAACAAUCGAACCAUGUCUGCAUGCUUUUAUGCAUAGAGUUACUUCCACGUGAUUGGCUGACUAAAUAUUUGCAUUAAUAAACAGGUAUACCUAAUAAAAUGGCCAGUGAGUUUAUUUAUCUCCAUUACAUUAUUUUAGCAAAUUGAACUGGUAUAUUUUCCUAGCUCAUAGCAAACUAUUGUUUCCUCCUGUUUAUUAAGAAAAAUAAAAGGAAUUGUUUAUAAACAGCAUUAGAUAAAAAGGAAUGGAAUAAUUUAGUAAACAAAAAUGAAUAUUCUCUUUAAGAAAUAUUCAGCUUUAUUCAACAUAGCUUUUUCAACUUUAACAGGUUAGCUACAUAUUUGUAUGAAGGAUUUACAGUUUUAUAUGUUUGGUUCACAGUUAGUAUUUUUCCUCUGAAGAGUGAAAUUUGUAGAACUUGUUUGUAUUAAUGAAUAGAGGGCAAUUAUGUAACUAGUAAUAAUAUUUCCUUGUGCUGCAAACAUAUCAGGAUUGGAAAGAUUCAUUUGAAAUUAUCACACAAAUUUUCAUGAGCAUCUUUCAAAUAAUGACCUAGGAUUUUUGGCUGAUUGCCAUUCACAUCUUAGCUUGUAGAUAUCCCUCUGUAGAAGACUUCCUUGAAACUUCCCUAAUCCUCCCUUCAUGUGGUAGUGUUAGAUAUGCUGACAAAUGUUGAUAGCCUACUUGUUUAGCAUUUGUAUCAAGCUGUUGCAAAGCCUAAGAUCACUGAAUCUUUUUGAAUUUCCUUGAAAUGGAGAGGCAUAUUUUUGCGUAUUAAUUAUGAUACUAUUUCAGUUUGAAUCUGGAGUUUUAAAACAAAGAAGGACUCAGCAGCACAGAACAUCUAUGCCAAGCUUUUUGCCCGUCUAUGUUAAUCCCAUUUGCCCAUGGUAGGAGCAUCCAAUGAAUCAUACAAUAUGGAAGUAGGCCCUCCAGCUCAACUGGACCAUGCCAAACAACAUGCCCAUCCAAGAUGGUCCCACUUGACAAUUUAAAACAAUAAAUAUAAUUAUACUCAAUUAAAUAUAAUCCAAAUUGUCUUUAUACUUCAUUCUCUUAUAGCUGUUCCAGUUGUAGUUAAUGGAGUUACUUUUCCUGUACCAGAUCUAGCCCUGAUGAAGAUUCAUCAAACAUAUUUCCCAGUAGAGUUGACGCAGUAAACUUCACUGUGUGUCUGUUGGGAAGUUCAGGACAUAGGUGCCCAUGUGAGUGCCCAGAAUUUCCUGAUACUUCCAGGGACUGUGUGGAAAUGAGUCGAUUUGUGCAGACCAGUAUUUUUGACCAUGAGUUAUAGGAACAGGAUUGAGCCAUUCAGCCCAUUGAGUCUGCUCUGCCAUUUGAUCAUGGCUGAUCCCUUUCUGUCUGAACUACAUUCUCCUGUUUUCACACCCUAACAUCAAGAAUCUAUCAACUUCCGCCUUAAGUCCACCCAGUGACUUGGCCUCCACGGCCAAUUGUGUCAACGAAUUGCACAGAUUCACUGCCCGUGGCUAAAGAAAUUCCUCUUCAUCUCUGUUCUAAAUGACAUCCCUCUGUUCUGAGGUUAUGCCUUCUGGUCUUAAACUUCUCCACGCCCACUUUAUCUACACCUUUCAAUAUUCAAUAGGUUUUAAUGAGAUCCCCCCCACCCCCAUUCUUCUGACUUCCAGCAAGUACAGGCUCAGAGCCAUCAAACGUUCUUCAUAUGAUAACCCUUUCAAUCCUGAAAACAUUUUUGUGAACCUCCUUUGAACCCUGUCCAGCACACCCUUUCUUAGAUAAGGAGAACAGAACUUCUCACAUAACUCCAAGUGAGGCCUCACCAGUGCCUUAUAAAGCCUCAGCAUUACAUCCUUGUAUAUUCUAGUCCUCUCAAAAUGAAUGAUAACAUUGCAUUUGCCUUCCACGCCACUGAAUUAACCUACAAGUUAACCCUUAGGGAAUCUUGCACAAGAACCUGUGCAUCUUGGAUUUGUGAAUAUUUUCCCCAUUUAUAGAAUAGUCACAUUUGUUCCUUCUAUGAAAAUGCAUGAUCAUGUAUUUCCCAACACUGUAUUCCAUCUGCCACUCCUUUGCCCAUUCUCCUAAUCUGCCUAAGUUCUUCUACAGCCUCCUUGCUUCCUCAGCACUACCUGUCUUGCACCUAUCUUCACACCAUCCUAAGAUUUUGUGGAAUUUCUAGUUCAUUUUAUAAAGUCUUUGCACAUUUCUUGAAAAUCGUCACUUUAGGUGUUUUUUAUUACAAGGACUUUUACAGAAAACAAAAUCCCUUCCAGUACUUGAGUUACAGUGGUAUUUUCCUCAACAAAUCACCAGUGUUAUUUUCUCACUGGUGAGGCAAAAAAGCUCUACGGUUAUUUGUUGGUUGUAAUCUAUUGUUUUCUCUUCCCUACCUAAACGUUUUAGCCAAUAACUCUAAUUGUGUAUCCUGACAGAUGGGACAUAGGACCAGUUCAUGGUACUCUUAACAAGUGCAUUUAUCAGGGAUGCAGUGCAAUGGGACAUUUGUUGCAUGGUUUUCCUCAUGUGGAAAACACACAGGGUGUAUGCCAGCAUUCAGGCAAGUGCGUGAGCUGAGGUUCAGGUGGACAAUGCCCUGACUGGACAAGAAAGCAGAGCCGUAGGGUGGUGGUGAUUCAAUGGUUGUGAUUGGCACCUUGAGAGAAAGAGAUGCAGGGAACGAAUAGAUUGUUAAUCCUGGAGAACCAAACCCAUAAUAGGGAAAUUAUGGACCAGGUUUGAUUUGAUGGAGAGGAGAUGAUUGUUGGAAUUUUCACGGGACUCCCAGCCCAGAGUAACAAUGCAAAAGUGUGUUUGGCUUGGACGUUCUUAUCCUCAGGUGCUCCUGGGAUAAUUGAAUGAUGUUAUGAUGAUCCUCAUGAUGGUACCAAAAUAAUGUUCUAGAUUGAAUCCCAACUGGAAGCGAAUAGUUCAAUUAAAAAGUUGCAAAGUUCCAAUUCGGGUGGGGGGGGUAGUAUUUUUCUGAUGUGCCAUGGUGAAUUACUGAACAUGAUUGAAUUUAUAGAUCGCUAGAUAUUUAAAUUCGCUAAGAUUUUCUGAUUUAAAAUAAACACACGGAGGUAGAUUAAGCUGAUCCUUCAUCCUGUGGUGGGAGGAAGAAGCCCCAUUUUAAGUUCUCCUCAUACUGACCCCUUAACAAAGCUGUAAGGAGGUUGAAGGUCAGUUACACCUGCAGGUUCUGAAGAGAAAGUCACUGAGUUACCCAUGGUAGCUCCUGUACCUCCUCACAGUUAAUUGUAGAAUGGUACUGAUGGGGAUAUGGGUGUAGCUCAUUUACUUGACUUUAUAAACUCAGGAAUGUGCAAGUUAUGACAUCUUGCUGCUGUAAAUAUAUACUCCCCUUGCUCCUUUCAGUCAUCCAUUUGGGCACUUUUGCUUAAUACUUCAAUUUUUAUUAGACCCUCCUUCCACAAGGUAACAGUAGAAUUGCUCUCAAUGGGGCUGGCCUCAGGGGCAAAAAUAACUUAAAUUUCUCACCCAUGCAGUGGUAUUGCAGAUGUAGCAUUGGGUACUUCUUCACAGGAAGGCAUGCUAGCCUUUACUUGCACAUUUGAUAUUGUUUUCCUAAUAAUCAACAAGAUGUCCUGCCUUGUAUGUAAGGAAUAUCACUUGUUUUUUUUUAAAUAUACAACAUAAAGGGUUUAGUUUGCAUUUAGUGCUUUCGGUAGAGCAGGUGGAAUAGAGAGAGAGCGAAAAAUAUCAGCAGAUUCAAAGGGAGACUGGGGGUUGGGUGAGAGGAAAAUAAUUGAUAGUUAUUUAGCUUGUAAUACCUUAAAUUUGUCAGUGAUUUACAGUGCUGUUAUGGCUUUUUAACUUUCAAGCUAAACCAAAUAUUUUAUAUCUUUUUGUUCUUAGCUUUGACGUGGGAAAUAACUUUCCCAUAUACCUUCUCAGUUUAUAGAGUAUUGGAGUCUGAAUGAUCUGUAAACAAUAUAAUACUUUGAGAAAAAGGGCAUUGUAGCUUUGUCAUUAGUUAUAGAAGUGCACAUUAUGUAUUAUAUCUGGAGGCAAAAAUAUUUCUUUUUAGAAAAAAUCAGUUUUAUUUUAAGAUGGAAUUUCUCCUUAUUGGGUCAAACUUGUAGUAAAGUUGUAGAACAACAAUUUUUUUUAGUGCUUGCUUAAAAUCAUAAAUAUUUAUAAAAUAUAUUUAUGUAGACUAUAGUCAUGCAUUGAAUUGUUCUAAACACUUUGCAUAUGACACAAAUGCUGAUAUUGUUACCUGAAACUGUAUCGCUCCAUGUCAUGCCAGUUCAUUGUACUUUUUCCAUCCUUUUUACCUUCUGUGCAUUUUGUAUUUUUUUAUUAUUUCUGCCUCUGUAAUUCUGUGAACUUGUCAGUUUGCUUAGAUCUUGUGCUUUGUGGAAUAUUUGUAUACUUGAACAAUCCUUUUUAUUGUUCAAGCAUUUUGUGUCAGUACUGCACUGACACCUAUCAUCGAUUUGUUGCUUUCAAUUGUAUUUUAGCAUUUUGGUUAGUUACGCUGAAGCAUUGUGUCCAUCUUUGAUUUUAUGAUAGUUCAAAACUGAUGUGCAAAAUCAAAAUGGUUAUUCCUAUGCCGAUAUAUAUUGUUUUUAACUGUGCUUUUUAAUUUUCAUUAUUUGUUUCAUAUGACUUUAUCAUUAAAUGUUAAUAAACCAUUUGAUUUUUGAGAUUU